AUGAUAUCAGAUUAAUUACGAUAAGUUCUAUCCAAUAAUACUCCAAAUAUUAUAGGACCUUAACUUUCUCGAAAAACUGUUCUUUUGAAAAGAAAGAAUAAGUAAAUAUGUAACAACACUUUGAAUUAAAUUCCUCAAAAGAUGAAUUAGGAUGUCUCAUCAAAAGUAGAUAAGUCAUAGAAAACAGAUAAGACUGAUACAAUCACAAUUAAAUCGAAUAGUAAUAUAGCAUCAUAAACUUCGAACUCUAUCCCUUGUAUAUCUUAGGAUUUAUUUGAUGGUGUUGAAAUUCCACCCACUGAUCCAAUAUGGUUAGAAAUCAUCCCAUAAGAAUUAUUACAAGAAACAACAAUUGAAAAAUUAUUAGAAGACAACAAAGAUUAUUUUUAUAACUUAUUAGGAUUAUAUUUAUAAGAAAGAGUUAUUGGAGACUUGAAUAUGUCACGUUUAGUUUUACCUUAAAAGUUUUAAACUUAAUAUUCUAAAGAUUUUACUUUAAAAUCAAUCGAUAGAAAAAUAGGAAUUGAUUCAAGAAUAUAUGAAGAUUAUAAAUAAUACAGUUCACAGAAUUAAAAUACAACUACUUAUAAAUAGUACUUUUAGAAACCAAUAUAAAAUGAUAUAAUCCUAUCAUUCAAACCUAUUUCAGAUAGAAAUGUUCUAUCUAUGGCAUCUCUAACUACAUAUAAAGUGUUCAUUAAUUUUGUAAUCUUUAGGCUAAUCAUAUUAAUUUUAAAUAACCUGAAAAACCUGAAAUUAUGAAAGCACCAUCCAAUUCCACAACUGGUUAAUUGUAAUUAAAUGGGAAUUCCAAUUACAAUCAAGAUUAUAAAUGGCAUUAAAACUAUGAAAGAUUACCUAAUUUAAAAAAUAGUUAUUCUAAAUUGUAUAUUAAUACUCUUAUUAUAGAAAUCCCAUAUCUAAUUCAGAUAUUUUUUUUACAAAACAAAGAGCCUCAAUUGAUUUUUAUCCAUUAAGUCCAUAAUAGAAAACUACAUAAGUUCUUCCAACACCUUCUUUUUAAGGUUAAUUCAUGACUACAUUUAAACAGUAUAUUAUAUUUAAUAAUCUUUUUAGUGAUUAUUAAUAAAUUGAUUAAGAACUACUCACACCAAAAAUGAGAAAUUGGAGAUUAAAUAUGAUCAAUAAAAUUAAUACAGUUAGAGAAAGAUAAAUUUAACAAUGA